AUUGUGUCUCUAGCCACACAGAGCCCGCAAGUUUCUUAAUUAUAGACCCCAGCUGCAAAAUAAAGCAUUUGUUCUCUCCGUUUGGGAGCCAGACCUCCUGAUUAAUUUCUGUUUUAGGAAGAGGAAUGAAAUAUAUGCUUCUUAUCGAAUAUAAACAGGGUGACUAAGAUGAUGACAAGCACUAUAUCUCCUUCAGAAUCAGCACAAGAUGUUGGAGCAGGAUUCCGUCCCAAGGAGAAGGAAUUGGUGAAUUAUUUUCUCAAGCAGAAAUUGCUUGGUCAUGAUCACCAAGUCCGUAGAAUCCCUGAACUUGACGUCUACAAGCUUGAGCCCUGGGAUUUACCCCAGUAUUCGGGAGCGAACUCGAGUGAUGAAGAAUGGUAUUUCUUUCAUCGUUGCCGUACCGGACGGCCUAGCAGGACAACAAAAGUUGGAUACUGGAAAAACACUGGUAGAAAAAGCAAAAUUAGAGACGAACAGGAAGAGAUUGGUACAAAAAGAAUUUUUGUUUUCUAUAUAGGCCGUACUCCUAGAGGGGAAAGAACAGGGUGGAUCAUCCAUGAAUACACUGCAGCUUUUAAUUUACCUAACCAGAGGGCUUUCGUUCUUUGUAAACUAUUUAAAAAACGUAUGCCGGUCACUGGUGAAGUUGAACCUAGUCGCAAAAUGGCUGCUUGUAAUCUUGAAAAUCAGAAUUCUUAUCAGAAGACUAAUAAUUCAGCCUUCGAUGAAGGCGAAACAAGCCAGCUUAUGACUUUUGAAAAUCAAGCAACAGAGUUUGCAAUUCAAGAAGAGGCACAUUCUCAACCGAUACCUCAUCUGGGAUCGUUUUACGGCUGUAAUGAACAGAAUCACAGACUUAACUCUGCUCUGAAUUCACCUAUGCGAGACUUCACUUGUGAUGAUCUUCGGGACUUCUCAUUUGAUGCCUGAAGGUUUCUUCUACGGGCUUGAACGUCGGUGUCAUUAACUUCCCAUUUCCUGGUUUAUUCUGGAGUAUAAUAUUACAACUACUGAGCUUAACUGCAGCAUUUGAGGGCAUUCAGUGACUUUAAUUCUGCAGGAGACGCACAAUUCGGUUCCUUCCACCGCAUACUGAUAGGCCCAUGGAUCAUCAAUCCAUGAUAGGAGUAUGAGUAGAGAGUAAUGUUAUAAUUAGUCUAUAAAGAGUUCGUGUCUAUGAUUUUUAUGGCAACUGAAGUGUGUGUGUGUGUGUGUGCCAGUUGCCUUUUUAUUAUUUUUACUUCGAUGGAUUGUUAGUAAAGCAUGCAACCUAAUAGUUUGUCUAAACAAGCUAUAUUGUUCCUCCAUAUCCUGAGUACUGAAUAUGUUGAAGUUUCCUACUAGUUGUUUUCUACAUUUGAAUUUCAUGGUAGCAGGGACAAACAGCUAUAAACCCCUUUAGAAAAUGUUUGUGAUGGUUUGUCAUCAAGAGUUCAAAAACUUCUCACUUUUAAGUACUAGAAUUAUGGUGAUCAAACUACCGGCAUGUUAUAUCUACUUGUGCCAAGUCUAGGAAGCAAGAUUAAGGAUGGACAGGAAGAGAUUGGUACAAAAACAUUCUUGGUUUACUGUAUAGGUCGCACUCCUAAUGGGGUCAUCAGCAGCUGGAAGAUGCGCGAAAUAAACGCAACUUCUUUGCCAGAAAACCAGGUAUGAAUAUGUUGCUCUUGGAUGCAAGAAUUUAAUGAAGCCUAAUAUUUAUUAAUUAUUAUUCUUUUGUUUCUGUAAAUCAUUGAAUUCUUCAUCCUGUUUUGUCUUGCAAAUUGUGCAGCGGAGUUUCAUUCUGUGUAAAUUAAUUGAUAGGUCAGAUAAUGAAAGUUAUAAAUUAAUUGAUAGGUCAGAUAAUGAAGGUUAUCUGCCAAACUACAAUGAAGGUGAACAAGCUUACAAUAUGGCUUGCUCUGAUUCCUAUCAGAUGACUAAGUAUUCAAGCUUCAAUGCUGGUGAAACAAGCUGGUCUGAAAACCAAGCAACAUAUAAUGGAAUUCUACAAACAGGUGAAAAAAAGGGGAGAUACUGAACUAGCAAAUAUGGGAAAAGUAUCUGUUAUCAAGAACUAAUACUUAAUUACCCUUCUGUGAUUCUUUUUACAGGAAGCUACUGAGCUAGCACCAUAUCCGGAAUCAUUCCAUGGCUGGACUGGGCAGAAUUGCAUAUCAAGUAACUGGCCUGUGCCACCUGAAGCAGAGCAAGGCCAAAGGCUUCUGUACUUACGAAUUCCAUAUCAGGAACUCAUAUAGCUUGUUCCACCAAGGCUUCUGUACUUACGAAUUCCAUGCUCUCCAGACAUUGAAUAAAAGUAUCUUAGGCACUUUAGCUAA